AUCGUACUUAUGCACUAUCUGCGCCUGCUUGAUCUCUCUCUUUUCCUUGCUACAACAUCAUUACAUAGUACUUCCACGCGAGUUUAGUAGACCCUCAGUGGGACCACUAACCUUUUUUUUUUUCCGCCCUUCGCACCUCCAUCCAUCUAUUAAGAACUAUACCAAAGUUUUCAUUGGCCAUGUCUGAUGAACGAUUGGAAACGAUCCCUUCUCCUGCCCAAGGAGUUGGCCCAAUUUACAGACCCGAUGGCGAGAAGCCAACAGCGACAGUGUCGAAAGACAUGCCUUAUGAAAAUGUCCAUGUCUUGCCUCAAACACCCCAGCUGAUCGCUCUUCUGACUAUGAUCAGGGAUAAAAGAACUGGGCGUGCCGAUUUCAUAUUCUAUUCCAACAGAAUCAUCCGUUUAUUGGUGGAAGAGGGUCUAAACCACCUUCCAGUGGUUGAGCAAGCGGUGACAACUCCUGUAGGCCGUACCUAUCUCGGUGUCAAAUUCGAAGGCAAAAUAUGCGGCGUAUCUAUCAUGAGAGCAGGCGAAGCAAUGGAGCAGGGCUUGAGAGAUUGCUGUCGAUCAGUUCGCAUUGGGAAAAUACUUAUACAGAGAGAUGAGGAAACAUGCAAGCCGAAGCUUUUUUACGAGAAGCUUCCUGCUGAUAUCUCCAGUCGAUGGGUUUUACUCCUUGAUCCAAUGUUUGCAACUGGGGGUUCGGCGACUCUCGCUGUCGAAAUUCUCAAGGCGAAGGGUGUACCAGAAGACCGUAUCCUAUUCCUCAACCUUAUCGCAAGCCCUUCAGGAGUCGCAGACUUUGCGGAACGCUUCCCUAAGCUCAGGGUCGUAACUGCUUUUAUUGACCAAGGCUUGGAUGAGAAAAAGUACAUUAUCCCUGGACUUGGUGAUUUUGGUGAUCGAUACUAUACACUGUGACGCCAAUCACGGAAUGAGGUCUAGUCUAGCAUUGCUUAUGAAGCAUUACAAGUUUCCUCGAAAUUGUUUUGACGCGUAUAGGAAUAAUUACAGUACAGUGUAGUCGUAUUGCGCAUAUUACUUCAAAUCCAUAGCUUGAGUUAUUGAUUUAUGAGGCAUGGGUAACCACAAGAUUUAUACCAUAAUAAUAUCAUUGCAGGCA